CGCGGCGGCACAAAUGCGUCAAAAGGGUGCGGAUGGAGUCGAACCCGGGAGGCUCUUUCUCACCGCCUUCUCUGAUGCAUCUUGGGCAUCAGAACCAGAGGACAUGACAAGUGUGGGAGGCUUCAUCUGCUGUAUUGGUGGAGGACCAACAGCUUGGGAGAGCAAGAAACAAGUGGACCAAGCAUUGAGCUCAGUGGAGUCCGAGUACAUGGCACUCUUCCGUGCCAUAAGAGAGGUUGUGUGGCAGCGGCGUUUGCUAGCUGAAUUGGGGGAGGAGCAGCAAGGACCUACCCCACUCUAGUGUGAUAGCCAAGGUGCUAUUGCAUUGG